AUGAAUGCCAAGGAAAGCGCGGCUGACCAGGUCAUUCAAAUCCCUCUUGAACGUAAUGCGCAUCAUAAUGUACAAAAAGCUGACAGAAAUUGUAGGGAUACCAAAGUCGAUAUGAGCAAUGAAAAUACACCUGCAAUCAAAUCCGCUCCGGAAACGUUUCAACUCUUUCGAGAUCUGCCACCAGAGUUAAGGUUGAGGAUAUGGAAGUUUGCAGGUUUGCAGCCACGUAUCAUUCAUGUUUCCAACUACAACAAUACGUGGCCAGAAAACGUUUAUCUUUGUCCAAGUAUGCCGCAGCAGUGUCCUUUGACAAUGACGUGUAUAGAGUCGCGUGAUGCGGUGCUGAAAUUUAGUAAGCCCCUGCAACGUCUCGUUUUAAGAUCGAAGACUUACAUGGAGGAUGCUGAGCGACGAGGUCCCCACACCCCUGGUACGGAAUUAGACAGUCAAAUUUUUGGCCAAGUCGAAGCCAAAAUGCGGAUCAUAGUACCAAAGAAUGAACACAACUACCCUGCGAAAGUUCUAGGUGUAAUGCCUCGCCUAGUUGACAAUCGGUCUCUCGGUGUCUAUCAAUGGGCUAAAUCUCUAGAUGCCCAAGAGCCUUUUUUUCUCCAGGAGGACGACGAAGAUUUCAGUAUCAUCGAAGAAAGCACUCAGGUAUCACAUCUAUGUGAAGGAUUUGUGUCAGAAGCAUCUCUUAACCAACUCGUAUGGGGAGGGGAUGAGGUGCCAGGAUCAUUAGAGGACAUUAAUGAGGCUCACAAAAAAAGCUUCAACGAAUCCCGCAAUUUUACGAUAAAAUGUUUCCAAUAG